UUGACGGAACCCGGAACGUUCUAUGGACCACGUUGUGAAUGCCAUGACUGGAUCUGUCCGACAUAUGACGGGAAGACCUGUGGAGAUCAUGGGAUAUGCAAAUGUGGAAAGUGUUUCUGUGAUGGAAACUGGUUUGGGGAAUCCUGUCAGUACCAGGAGGAAUGUUCACUCUCCAGCAAAACCAGUAAAGACCUCUGUCGCAAUGCCCAGGGUGUAGUUUGCUCCAAUGCAGGCACCUGUCACUGCGGCAGCUGCAUGUGCCAUAAUCCCGAUGGGAAGGGCCUAAUCAGUGGACGCUACUGCGAGUGUGACGACAGCGAGUGUUUGGAUGAAGACUCUGGAGACGUGUGUGGAGGCCAUGGAAAGUGUUACUGUGGAAACUGUUACUGCUCGGCUGGUUGGCAUGGAGAUAAAUGUGAAUUCCAGUGUGACAUCAGCCCAUGGGAGAGUAAGCGGAGAUGCACAUCUCCAGAUGGCAAGGUCUGCAGCAACAGAGGCACAUGUGUAUGUGGCGAGUGCACUUGCUAUGAUGUGGAUCCCUCAGGAGACUGGGGUGACAUCCAUGGAGAGACCUGCGAGUGUGACGAGAGAAGCUGCCAUGCCAUGUACGACAGAUACUCGGAUGACUUCUGUUCAGGUCACGGCCAGUGUAACUGUGGCAGGUGUGACUGCAAGGAAGGUUGGGCUGGAAAGGAAUGCGAUCAUCCUCUCUCCUGUUCGCUGUCUAUGGAAGCCGGUCAGAAGAAGUGUCGGGGAACCUCCAGCCUGCUCUGCUUUGGCAGAGGGCAGUGUUUGUGCGGUCAGUGCACAUGCCACCCACCCGGAGAUAAACGCGUACAUGGCAAGAACUGUGAGUGUGACGACAGGCAGUGUGAGGACCUGAACAGAGAUAUCUGUGGAGGUAAUACACACAAACACAGACAGCAGGACAAGAUACGCAUUAAUGGUGCCAUUGUUGGUCCAUCUCUAGAUUGUGCUGGUCUAUGA